AUGGCAAAACAAUAUCAAAUAUUAAAUAUAAUAUUGGUAUUAUUUGUUAUUAGCAUCAAGUUAUUAACCAUAGAAGCUAAUGACGAAAGAAACGAUGUCGUUGCAUACUUCCAAGGAUCCAGUUCAAAGAACCAAAUAGGUGAAUCAAAAGGAAAAGUGGCAACAUACAAUAAAAAUGAUGGAUCAAAGGAUUUCGCUGCAUUCUACAACGGCACAUUUGAACCCAAAGAGGCUGGUGUUUAUUUCUGGGUGUCUGCUGCUCAGAUUGGUAGUCCACGCAGAGUUGCUCAAGGAGAUAUUCAUAUCUGGACGCAACAAGGUGGUAAGAACGAGCCUAACUCAAAUAGUAUACAAUCGGUUCCUUAUGGAGGUACAUCAGUUCUUGUCUAUGCGACAGUUUUUCAGACUCCUGUUGAUUGUACAUUCGCACUCUUGUACUCAGCCUUCACAAUUAAUGAAUGUACCUCUCUCGGUUUGAUUGCCACACAACCUGAAAAAGAACCAUUGGUUCCCAGUAUUAUAAUAUCGUUUUUACAGAUCAGCGGUGGUACUAACACAAUUCCUUAUGCACAAUUAUUCAGUUCCAAAACUCAAUUGGGUAACUCGAAUUCUGACGUGGUUGUUCUGGAUGGUUCUAGUGCAGUCAAUAAACUAGACAUAACAACAGCUGAAAAACAUGGAAUCAUCAAGUAUAAUGAAGCUGGUGUUUAUUUUCUGAUAGCUUGUGGUCAAGUCGGAAGCGCUAAAGAUACUGAUGCAUCAGGUGAAGUUCAUUUAUGGAUGCGACUCAAUGAAAAAGAUAUGGCAAACAGUAACACAAUUAAAACUAUUCGCAGUGGUAGUACAGCAGUUCUAGUCAGUCAAACGGUUGCUAAACUUGAAGCUAAUGAUAAGAUUCAAUUGGUAAUCUCAACUACAAAUAAAGAACUGGGUUUGAUUGCCUCGAAGCCGAAGAAUGAGCCACUUGUACCUGGUAUAAUAUUUUCAACAUUUCGAUUGUCUAGCGACGAAAAGCCAAUUGCAUAUGCACAACUAUCUAGUUCACAAUCGCAAUGGGGUUGUACAACUCCGAAGGCAGUUAAACUUGAUAACAAUGAUGGUUCACAUCAUAUCAAAAAUAAUAAUGGUGUCAUGGAAUUCGAAGAACCAGGAACUUACUUUGUGUUGGCUGCUGCUCAGUGUGGAAGUGAUAAUGAUGAUGGUAUUGGUGAAGUGCGAGUGUGGAUGCGAUUAAAUGGUGAAGAUAUGGCAGAUUCGAACACGAUUCAAUCAAUAGAUAAGGAUACUGCCGUUUUAGUUUGUCAAACUGCCGUCGAAAUCAAACGUGGGGAUAAACUCGAAAUAAUGUAUUCUGCAGAUGUCACAGAAGGUACACUUGGUUUAGUCGCAUCCAAACCACAUAAGGAGUCAGCUGUGCCUAGUAUGAUCAUCAGUGUUUUUCAAUCAACCGGUUCAACUACAAACUCACAGUGGACAAAACCUGGGAAAUCGAAAGACAAAAAACAUGAUUAUGAAAUAAUCGAUGAUGUCGCAUAUCUUCAAGCAUCUAGUUCACAGAAUCAACUAACUGGAACAAAUCCAAAAGCCAUCACAUACAAUAAAGUUGAUGAUUUGAAGGGCUAUUCUACUGCUAAAAAUAACACAUUUUUAUAUGAAACUCCUGGUUAUUAUUUCGUGAUGUAUGGUGCUCAAGUUGGUACUCAGAGUGGAAAUGGUAAUGGAGAAAUUCACUUAUGGACACGAGAAAAUGGUGAAGACAAUCCUUCAUCAAAUAGUAUACAAGCAGUUGAACAUAGAAGUUUAUCGGUACUCAUUUAUGAUUCACUUAUCAAAGCUCCAGUUGGUCGAGAAGUCACAGUUGUAAUCGCAGCCCACGCAUCUAAUAAAUGUAGUUCUCUCGGUUUGAUUGCUCAAGAGUUCAAACACGAACCACUAGUUCCUAGUAUUAUAAGAUCCGAAAUUCAGCUCAGCGAUAUUGAGAAUCCAGUUCAUAAUCUAAUUCUGACCAAUUCAAAAACUCAAUUGGGCUCUUCGAACUCCAAAGCAAUUACGUAUGAUCAAGAUCAAUUUACUGGAGUAGGCAUCCCAACCGCCAGAUCAGAUGGAUCUAUCAAGUUUAGUGAGUCAGGAAUUUAUUUUGUCAUAUAUAUUGGCCAGGGUGGAAGUGCCGAUGGUACUCGUACUAGCGGUGAGAUUUUCUUGGGACCACAGCUCAAUGGAAAAGACAUUCCAAAUAGCAAUAUCAUUCACAGCGUUCGCAGUGGUAGUAAUCGAGGCGCGGUCUGUCAAACCAUUGUCAAAGUUGAAGCAAACGAUAAACUACGAUAUGUGUUCUCAACUACAAACGAGAAGCUUGGUUUCAUUGCUACGGCACCGAAGAACGAACCCUCCGUUGUCAGUUCGGUAUUAACAAUAUUCGAAUUAGGCACCAAAGAAAAUCCAGCUCCAUAUGCUCAACUAUCUAGUUCACAAUCACAAUGGGGAUGUAUAACUCCGAAAAAAGUUGAUCUCAAUAACAACGAUGGUUUAUAUCGUAUUAAGAAUAAUGAUGGUAUCAUUGAGUUCCAAGAGCCGGGAACAUACUUUAUGAUGGCUGUUGGGCAGACUGGAAGUUUUGAAGGAAAAGGUAAUGGUGAUGUGCAUUUGUGGCUGCGACUAAAUGGCAAAGACAUAAAAGAUUCGAACACUGUUCAAACAGUAGAUGGUGAUACAAUUGUUUUAGUUUGUCAAGCCGUCAUCAAAAUGGAAGCUGGUGAUAAACUUGAAAUAAUGUUUUCUGCAGAUGUUGCAAAAGGUAAACUUGGUUUUGUUACCAGUCAACCAGGAUGUGAAGAAAAAGUGCCUAGUAUGGUCUUCAGUGCUUUUAAAUCAAGUUAUACAAAGAGUUCUAAACAUUAUAACAAAUAUAACGAAGAUUAA